AUGAAGGUCCAAUCCAUCACUGCUUUCGUGAAAGGGCUGAAGGCCGUCAUCGCCCAGAUGGAGACAGUUCCUCACAGUUCCUGCCACAAGCGGGUCCUUAAACAAGCUGCCACUCCCCCACCAACUAUCGAUCUCGACCUGGGAGACGAUGAGCUCUUCCCGUGCGACUGCACUCUACAGGGCCGAAACUCUCUGGAUGCCGCCUACCUCAGCAACCCACUACUCAGCUCGCUCAAGAGCAAGGAGUGCGGCCUGGACUACAUCAGGCGCGCUCUCGACUCCCUUGAGGCCAUGAGCACCUGCACGCGGUGCUCGGGGAAGCAAUACCACCUGGUUCGGACGUACGAGGGCAAAGACAAGCAGCCUCUUUUGCUGGAUAAUUACCAGCUUGCAACGGUUGAGGAACGGGCCGCGCUGCUGUGUAUGUUCACUUAUGUCGAGAUAAAGCGGUUCCACGGCAGUGUGGGUCGCAUUAUUGAGACGCUCAGAGAACAGCCCAUGUUCGAUGAGGAUUCGUGGGCCCUCAUCAAGGGUCAGGCCUAUAAGCUAGCCAUCGAUACGGCUGAGCUUCGCUUCAGAUCCAUCCACUGUUAA